CCCCAAGCUGGACGACUGCGAAUUUGGUGUAGACGCGCAAGUAGGACCUGGUAACUCACGAUUCAGCGUUGGAAAACUUCGAAACAAUACUUUGAAGAGAUAGGACUGAAAUGGCAGGAUUCUUCGAUCUUAAGGCGCGCAAGAAGGAGGCGGAGGCUUUGGGUGACAAGAAGGGCGCUCCGAAUGGGAAGGACAAUACACGGCUGCAACCAUGGCUCAACGCCUCCGACGAGCGCGGCAUCAGCAUCGUGCGCAAGAAAGUCAAAGACUUCGCACGCAUGCAGCUCUCCCGCCCUCCCGGUGGCGACUACCAAAAGCAGUAUCCCUGCCCGCCCUACAAGAUCAUCAUCCUCGACGAGGCAGACAGCAUGACGCAAGAUGCGCAGAGCGCGCUGCGCCGCACGAUGGAGACGUAUAGUAAGAUCACGCGUUUCUGUUUGGUGUGUAAUUAUGUCACGAGGAUUAUUGAUCCGUUGGCCAGUCGAUGCAGUAAGUUCCGCUUUAAGCGCAUGGGAGAGGGACAGGCGGGGACGAGGCUGCGGGAGAUUGCGGAGAAGGAGAGGGUGCCGAUGGAGGAGGGGGUGGUGGAGGCGCUGAUUAAGCACUCUGAGGGGGAUUUGAGGAAGGCGAUUACGUUUUUGCAGAGUGCGGCGAGGUUGGUGGGGGCGGCGGGGGCGGGGCUGGGUGGGGAGGAGGAGGUGGAGGAGGAUGCAAUGGAUGUUGAUGGGGUGCAGAAGGUGGUUACUGUGAAGUCGAUUGAGGAUAUUGCGGGGGUUAUUCCGGAUCGGACUAUUGAUAGUUUGGUGAAGGCUAUGCAGCCGUCGUCGAGUGGAUUGACGUACGAGAAUAUCUCGAAGGUUGUUACAGACAUGGUGGCCGAUGGCUGGAGUGCCUCGCAAGUUGUUACACAGCUCUACCAGACUAUCAUUUACAACGAAUCUAUCGCCGAUAUCCACAAGAACAAAAUAGUCAUGAUCUUCUCGGAGAUCGACAAGCGCCUCGCGGAUGGCGCAGAUGAGCAUCUAUCCAUCCUCGACAUGGCAUUGCGGAUAGCCGGUGUACUGACAAGCAAGGUCUAAGCUAUCACUCACGAUUGGACAAAGCUGGUAAUAGAUGAUUGAGGCCUGGAUAAGGGGUGGAUUGCAUAGCUCUGGAGUUGUGGGGGUAAAAACAGACAGGCGUACGGAAAUGAUCAACACUUAUGAAAAAUGGAUGAGCUUUGAGAACAUAUGAAAUUCAGUCUGUGGGUAUAAAUAACAUCCCUUAUUAUCAAAAUAUAACCAAAAAACUCCAUAUCCUAGGGUUGUAGUUGCACAGAUUACGGGAAAUAGAACAAAAUGUUGC